AUGGUAAAAGGAAGCGUUGCUGACGAGAACGGCAUACCCUACAAUUACCUGAUAGUGAUAGACGCCGGGUCAAAAGGGUCGCGUGCAUACGUGUACUACUGGCUCUCCUCGCAGUAUCUGCUGGCCAACAAUAUUUUGCGCGUGCCAGACGAUCAUGUUCAGCUGCUAAAAAGAGUCGAGCUCAAUCCGUCCGAUCUUCCCCAGAUCCAGACAGGCAACAAAUGGCACAAAAAGAUCCAUCCAGGCAUCAGCGAGUUCCACGAGAACUCUGCACACAUAGGGCCGAAAUAUCUAAAUUACCUGCUCAAGAAGGUGUACGACAUCAUCCCCAUCGAGCAGCAUUAUCGAACACCGAUCUUUCUUCAUGCUACGGCCGGCAUGCGUCUUCUAAAACCCAAUGAGCAGCAGGAAAUCCUGGACAAUGUGUGUUCGUAUCUGCAGCGAGAAACCAAUUUCUACAUCCCGGACUGCCCAAGCCAUGUAAAUAUCAUUGACGGCGACGUCGAGGGACUUUUCGGGUGGAUCGCCCUCAAUUAUCUGACCGGCACCCUGGCCGCCAAUAGGAGCUCUGCAGGCCUACUGGACAUGGGCGGGGCCUCCACACAAAUCUCGUUUGAGCCUAACGAGGAAGAGACGAAAGAGCACUACAAUCAGCUAAUUAAUUUAAAACUGGCCACGAUGGGCCAGGAGGUCGCGAACCUGAGAUAUGACGUCUAUUCGGACUCGUUUCUUGGAUACGGGCUGUCGCAAAUGCGGCUAAAGUACUUGCGUGGCCUUGAACGCAAGUGGGAGGACGGAAAGGAGUACGUGGAAGACCCCUGUCUUGCUGCCAAAAGACACCGGACCGUGGAACUUGACGGCAUGGAAAUCGAGGUCAGGGGAACAGGAAACUACGAACAAUGCAACGAGAACGUUUACCAACUAAUAGCCAACAAAUGUGGCGACAAACAGGAGGUAUCCACCUGUCUGCUGAGCAACACGAACCCGGACUUUAAUUUAAAUUCUGAUAAUUUUUAUGGAGUCUCCGGAUACUGGGAUACUGUGUCCAAGCUGCUUAGCUACAGCGACAAAGAAGAGGACUAUGGAAAGAUUUACGCAUACGACAAAAUGGUGCAGGAAACAGAGAAAGUGUGUUCACUGAACUGGAACCAGCUAAAGGAUUAUAAGGACCUCAGAAAAUCAGAGCUUGAAGAGUUGUGUUUCAAAAGCACGUACCUGAUGAACCUCCUCCACAACGGGUUUGGUCUGAACCGCACACGAUCGCAUUUCACCGUCAACGACAACGUCAACGGGUCAGCGUUUACGUGGACACUGGGGCGGGCCGUGCUUUACGCUAGCGAUGAGAGCCUGAUUGAGGUGCAAAAUUAUGUUCAUAAUUACGUGGACGACGGCAAACGCGACAAGGUGGGGUACUCGCGCAACUCGGCUCCCGGAGUGUUUGUUCGCGGCUCGGAAGUGGACGGCGUGCCUCCGCGUCCUGUCUUCGAAAUAUUCGAAUCAUACGAAGAGCCAGGGUUUCUCCGAGACCUCAAGGAAGGAGAAGAUUACGAAAACGACGACGUUGUUGAGGAGAUUGACCACAAAUCGAUACUCAAGGCGCACUCGUGGACAGUCGCGUUGGUCGUUUUGGUUGGCGUGAUUUUCAUCAUUGCGAACAAAUCACGUGUGCUCCGUCUGCUUAACGAGAUCGUGCUUUUUGCUGCGUCGUUGGUGAGAAAAUAUAUACAUGGCCGCGCGGGCGCCAUCCACUGGCCAUAUGUGACGCAGGGAAGGUACAAGCGAGCACGGUCGAUGGACCUGGGUGCUAGUGAGGUGGAACUCAGCGAGAUGGAUAUUGCAGAGCCAGAAGACUCCGAGUUCGAUCUGGGCGUGGAGGACGACGAUGUUUUGAGCGGAUACGAGGACUUUGAUUUUUCGGAAGACAGCGAUGACGGCAUAGAGCGCGCCGUCUAG